CAGCCGGGGACUUUCUAUACUGACAGCUGUUGGAUGUUUGGUGAUGGUGGCAGUGGUUUUCAUUACGUUAACAAUAAGUGAAAGUAGAUAGGACUAUUAUUUAAAUCGCUAAAAGAUGGAAGAUUUAAAGAAAAGAAUUGAGCAACUAGAAGAAGAGCUUAAAGCUGAGAAAUUAAAAAAUGAGACAUCUUCUGUGGCACGUCCGAAAAUCAGUCAAAUGUCAUCUGAAGUGGUGGACUCCAAUCCGUACAGUCGACUAAUGGCUCUAAAACGGAUGGGGAUUGUUGAAAACUAUGAGAAAAUCCGGGACUACACUGUGGCAGUAGUUGGUGUUGGAGGAGUUGGCAGUGUGACUGCUGAAAUGCUCACACGUUGUGGAAUUGGCAAAUUGAUUCUGUUUGAUUAUGACAAAGUUGAACUGGCCAAUAUGAAUAGACUCUUUUUCCAACCUCAUCAAUCUGGUUUGUCAAAAGUAGAAGCUGCAGCCAACACCCUCACUUUCAUCAAUCCAGAUGUGCAGUUUGAAACACAUAAUUAUAAUAUUACAACUAUGGAUAACUUUCAACACUUCAUGGGGAGACUCAAAGAGGGAAGUUUAACCAGUGGUCCCGUAGAUUUAGUUCUAAGCUGUGUGGACAACUUCGAAGCCCGAAUGGCCAUAAAUGCCGCUUGCAAUGAGAUAAAUCAAAUAUGGUUUGAAUCAGGUGUAUCUGAAAAUGCUGUCUCUGGUCACAUACAGUUCUUAAUUCCUGGGAAAACUGCCUGCUUCGCUUGUGCCCCUCCCCUAGUUGUGGCUUCAAAUAUAGACGAGAAGACAUUGAAAAAGGACGGAGUAUGUGCCGCAAGUCUUCCAACUACGAUGGCUAUUGUUGCCGGAUUUCUGGUUCAAAACACUUUAAAAUAUUUGCUGAAAUUUGGCCAAGUGAGUUAUUACUUGGGUUACAAUGCAAUGCAAGAUUUCUUCCCUACCAUGAUGAUGAAGCCAAACGAUGGAUGUGAUGACUACUAUUGCCGCUUGCGACAAAAAGAGCAAAGAGAAUCCUUAAUUCUAAAUCCUGUGGAGGAAACUGUAAGCGAAGAAGUAGCCGCCAUCAUACACGAAGACAAUGAAUGGGGAAUUUCUUUGGUUGAUGAAUCAGAACCCGUUGUCGAGGGAGCUCGCAGUGAAAUAGCACCCGGAAUCCAUGCAGCGUACGAUUUGCCUGCUGCUGAAGAGGUAGUAGAAGGGUCACCCGACUCUGCUGAUGCCAAUAUCAGUCUCGAAGAACUUAUGGCCCAGAUGAAAUCCAUGUAAAGUAUAUAUUAAUUGUUAACUAUCCAUGGAAAAUUGUGUGUUGAAAAUGGUACAGAGUACCAAAUAUUCCUAUAUUCAACAGGGGGUUGUUACAUUUCACAUACAUUAAUGGUUUUAAGACA